CCCACCUCUGUUUCGCUCGAGCUUCGAGGUCCCUUCAGACUCUGCAUACUCACUUGCGGAAAACUCGUUUGUUAGGAACUGAUGGUCUAGUUCAUGGUACACCUUAUCGACUGCCGUAAACCGCUAUUAUCUUCAGAAGCCUUCGAAGCUCCGUUUGGUCUACUCCCAUGAUCUCGUGCUAGGCCCAGCUCAGUGCUGAUAUAGCACCGAACUCUCGUGGGAGUGCUUAAGUACCGUGUCAUCAUACCAGCCAUGUCCAACAGGCUGCGCUCACUCUUCACGCGAGUGUCAGCAGCUGGGUCGCGGCGAUGUUCUCGUUUCUGGCCCACCGGAAAGCCUGCGCUUCGAAGCAACAGGAGCGCAGGGAUCGCAUCGAGGGCCUCCCGCCAGUCUACCAUGCCCCGCUGAGCUCAGCAGAUAAGAGCAUCCUCGCUCAGCCUGCGUCCCAAAUCGUCGCAGGCGUCCAAGGCGGGUCCCUCAGCCCGCCGGACAUCCUCGCAGCGUACGGCAAGAAAGCGCUGAAGGCCCACGCAGCGACGAACUGCCUCACGGAGAUCCUCAUCCCCACCGCGGAGGAGUGGGCGAAGAUAUGCGAUAAGCAGGGCCCGCUCGCGGGCAUGCCUGUCAGUCUGAAGGACACGUCCGCCAUCCCGGGCUACGACUCGUGCAUCGGCUACUCUGCAUGGGUGGGCAAGCCGAUGCAGAAGGAGUCUGCGCUGGUGCGGCUCCUGCGGGACGCCGGCGCGGUGCCGUUCGUGAAAACGAACGUCCCGAUCACGCUGUUAUCAUUGGAGUGCUCGAAUGAUGUUUUUGGGACGACGACUAAUGUAUGGAACAAGAAGUAUACUCCCGGAGGGUCGACCGGUGGUGAGGGCGCGCUACUCGCGUACGGGGGCUCGCGCCUUGGUAUCGGGACGGACGUCGCAGGCUCUGUACGCGCUCCGGCGCACUACUCAGGUAUAUAUACCAUAAAGGCGUCGAUGCAUCGGUUUUUGAAGACUGGUAAUCCUACGAGUAUGCCGGGUCAAGAGGGUAUUCCGGCCGUGUACUCGCCUAUGACGCGCACUCUUGAGGAUCUAGAGAUGUUUUGGCGGGCAAUCAUGAGCAUGAAGCCAUGGGAAUACGACCAUUCGGUGCUUUCGUUACCUUGGCGUGAGGUUAACCUUUCUGAGUCAAAGCCGAUCCGGUGGGGUGUACUGUGGGACGACGGUGUGAUAACGCCUUCACCCGCCUGUCGGCGCGCAUUACAGGAGGUGGUUUCCGUCCUUGAAGCCAAUGGACACGAAGUGUUCCCUAUUAAUGACUCGCCGAGUUCAUAUGAAGGCCUCAAGAUCGCCUCUCAAUUGCUCAUGUCGGACGGAGCUAAAACAUGCAUGAAACCCAUGCGCACGGGCGAGACGAAUGACCCAGGCGUGCAGGAAGCUGCGGCGAUGUUCCGCGUGCCCCACUUCCUGAGGAAGCUGUACACCUGGUACCUACGCUACAUCAAGCAGGACGAGAUCUAUGCUGGGCUCGUGGAGAGCUGGUACGAGAAGAGCGUGCCGGAGUACCUCGCCCUCGUUUCGCAACGAGAAAGCUACCGCGAGCGGUGGUUCGAGUUCGUGCAUGCGAACUCUAUUGACUUUAUCUUGACGGUGCCCAAUUCGUUGCCUGCUCCGCCGAUUGGAGGGAUGAAGGCGGGGUGGAAGGCGUGCGGGUACACGUUCCUUUGGAAUAUUCUUGACUACUCGGCUGGGGUGCUCCCUGUGACGCACGUCGACGCCGCACUCGACGCGCUCGGUGCAUUCAAACCGAAGAACGCGAUCGAAGCUGCUCAAUACCGGAUGUACGACGCGCAGCAGAUGCACGGCUUACCGGUUGGUGUGCAGAUUGUGGGGAAGCGUCUCGAAGAAGAGAAGGUGCUCGAAGGUAUGAAGGUUAUUGAGAGUUUAUUGAAGAAGGAAGGGAAAGCCUAUGUAUUAUUCGAGUCAGACGACUAGAUAGAACGCGCCUGAUGCCAUUGGAACUGCACCCUGUACUACUGCUACUGAAUCACUGACCGGGACGAGUACGCAAG